GGUCCUCUGAAACAUUUCAGAAUGCCACUGGUAAAAAGGAACAUAGACCCCAGGCACUUGUGCCACACAGCUCUGCCCCGAGGUAUCAAGAAUGAAUUGGAAUGUGUCACCAAUAUCUCCUUGGCAAAUAUAAUCAGACAACUGAGUAGCCUAAGUAAAUAUGCUGAAGAUAUAUUUGGUGAACUUUUCAACGAAGCACACAGUUUCUCAUUUAGAGUCAACUCCUUACAAGAACGUGUAGAUCGCUUAUCUGUCAGUGUUACACAACUUGAUCCAAAGGAAGAGGAAUUGUCACUGCAGGACAUUACAAUGAGAAAAGCUUUCCGGAGUUCCACGAUUCAAGAUCAACAGCUGUUUGACCGCAAAACUCUGCCAAUUCCUUUGCAAGAAACUUACGAUAUUUGUGAACAGCCUCCACCACUUAACAUUCUCACCCCUUACAGGGAUGAUGGAAAAGAGGGUUUGAAGUUCUAUACCAAUCCUUCAUAUUUCUUUGACCUGUGGAAGGAAAAAAUGUUGCAGGACACGGAGGACAAAAGAAAAGAAAAGAGGAAGCAGAAGCAGAAAAAUCUAGAUCGCCCUCAUGAACCAGAGAAAGUGCCAAGGGCACCUCAUGACAGACGGAGAGAGUGGCAGAAGUUAGCCCAAGGUCCAGAGCUCGCAGAAGAUGAUGCUAACCUCUUACAUAAGCACAUUGAAGUUUCUAAUGGCCCAGCUUCACAUUUCGAAUCAAGAUCUCAAGCAUACGUGGACCACAUCGACGGAUCGUAUUCCCUUUCUGCGCUGCCCUACAGCCAGAUGUCUGAGCUCCUGAGCAGAGCCGAGGAGCGCGUGCUGGUCAGGCCCCACGAGCCGCCGCCGCCGCCGCCUCCCAUGCACGGAGCUGCGGAAGUGAAGCCCGUGCCUCCCUGCGUUAGUUCUACUCCUGGCUUGGUAGAAAAUCGUCCUCAGUCACCAGCAACAGGCAGAACACCGGUGUUUGUGAGCCCCACUCCUCCUCCUCCACCACCACCACCUCUGCCAUCUGCUUUGUCGACUUCAUCAUUAAGAGCUGCAAUGACUUCCACUCCUCCACCCCCAGUCCCACCCCCACCACCCCCUCCCACAGCUGCUCUGCAGGCCCCUGCUGUGCCACCUCCACCAGCUCCUCUCCAGAUAGCUCCUGGAGUUCUUCAUCCAGCUCCACCUCCAGUGGCUCCUCCCCUAGCACAACCCUCUCCACCUGUCACUAGAGCCACCCAAGUGUGUGAAGCUGUACCUGUUCACCCAGUUCCUCCACAAGCUGAAGUACAGGGACUUCCUCCACCACCCCCACCUCCUCCUCUGCCACCUCCUGGCAUUCGACCCUCCUCCCCUGUCACAGUUGCAAACCUUUCUCACCCUCCUCCUGUUCUGCAUCCUCCUCCCACAACUAUCGUCCCUGGCCCUCAUGCACCCAUAAUGCCUCCAUCUCCACCAGCCCAAGUGAUUCCUGCUCCUGAGCCCAAACGCCAUCCUUCAACUCUUCCUGUAAUCAGUGAUGCUAGAAGCGUUCUGCUGGAAGCAAUACGGAAAGGUAUUCAGCUCCGCAAGGUGGAAGAGCAGAGGGAACAAGAAGCUAAGCACGAGCGCAUUGAGAAUGAUGUUGCCACUAUCCUCUCCCGUCGCAUUGCUGUGGAAUACAGUGAUUCAGAAGAUGAUUCAGAAUUUGAUGAAGUAGAUUGGCUAGAGUAA